UACGCUGCUGCCAUGACGACCAAAAAAACGACACUUAACACUAACGACUGACAGCAGUCGCUCGUAAACUCACUUUCCACUCGACACGUUUUCAACAACACCAAAUGGAGGGCUCGGUGCUGUUGCCAGUGGAAGCGGAGGCAUUCAUAGAAAGUUUGGAAAUAUUUUCUCUCAAAGACGUGGGCUCGACGAGGUGGUUCAGACAACAUGAGCACAUUGAGAAGCUCAACAUGCAGGCAAUACUGAGUGCUUCUGCGACACUGGACGAGUACAUCAAGGAGAUGUUAGUGUCUCAUGGAAAGAUCUCAGUUCUGGUACAUGAGAUGAUCCUGACUGAAGUGUGGAAGCAAAAAAUAUUCCCCAUUUUAUGUCAACUGCAGGACUUCACGCCAAAGAACACUUUUCCUCUUUACAUGGUGAUCCACCAUGAAGCCACCAUCAUCAACUUGCUGGAGACCAUCAUGUUUCACAAGGACUCAUGCGAGGCGAGUGACGAUUCUAUUCUUGACUUGGUGGAUUACUGCCACCGGAAGCUCACCCUGGUGGCCGCCAACACCGGAAACCACGACGACGUGACCCGCAACACGCACAAGCUGUCCGGCGAGGCGCUUCUGUCCUCCAAAGAGGAGUUGCAGAUUCAAGCUGCUGAGCUGGAAUUCGACAUUUCCUUGAAGGCUUUGUCAGUGCUGCGGUACAUCACUGACCACACUGACAGUAUCAGUGCCAUUAACCGAAUGCUCUGCACGCAUAACGUGCCUUGUUUACUGGUGCGCCUGAUUGAGUGCUGCCCGUGGAGCCGCUGCACAUCAGGCGACACAGAGAAGUACAUCAAUGGUAAAUGGCAGAGGGUACCAGAGGAAGACCGCCUGAAGAUGACCAAACUGGAUGGGCAAGUCUGGAUUUCGCUGUACAAUCUGCUCCUUAAAGAAGACUGCCAACGAAAAUAUGACUUCAACAGUUUCAAUAAGAGUCAGCUUCUAAAGCUGCGCAGUUUCCUGACUGAGGUGUUAAUCGACCAGCUGCCCAACUUGGCCGAGCUCCAGCGCGUCCUGGCUCAUCUGGCAGUUACAGACCCCGAGCCCCCAAAGAAGGAGCUCGUUUUAGAGCAGAUCCCUGAAAUGUGGAACCACAUCAUGAGUGAGAAUUCCAGUAAGUGGAAGGCCAUCGCCAAGUAUCAAGUCAAACAAACAUUCAACGCCUCUGAAAAAGACCUAAGGUUGCAGGCACAGAGGUUGGCUAAGACGUACAAUUUGGACGUGAUGGAGAGUUUACUUCCAGAGAAGCCGAAGUGUGGCUGUUGUGGGAAGGACGCUGCGAAGAGAUGCUCUCGAUGCCAAGGGGAGUGGUACUGUCACAGAGAAUGUCAGGUGAAACACUGGCCAAAACACAAGAAGGCCUGCCAGCUCAUGAUGGAGGCCAACAAGAGGACUCAGGCUGAACUGAGCAGUCACAACAAAGAAUGAUGAACUGAGAAGAGAGUUUAGAAAUGGACAAGACAGAACCCAGACCUAAAUCCUAUUGAAAAUCUGUGAGGUGACUUGCUAAAAAAUUGUUCUGAUUGGGACGUUUCAAUUUUUAUGUUUUGUCAACAACUUCCUGAUUGGUUUAAUAAACUGCUUCAUUUGUUCCAGAGAAAAUAUGAAAAUUCA